AUGAAAGUAAAUACAACAGCCGCCAUACGAACAAGCAAGGUGCUGCUGGUGCCGUAUGAGGCACACCACGUUGACAGGUAUCAUCGCUGGAUGCAAGAUCCUCAUAUUCAAGAGGCUACGGCGUCAGAGCCCAUGACGCUGGAAGAAGAGUACGAGAACCAGCAGUCAUGGAGAACAUCCAACGACAAACUCACUUUUAUCGUGUGUGCACCAAUUGAAAAUCCUGAAGGCAACAUCACAGCCAAAGUCCAGGACUGCGACGUAAAUACCAAAGGAGACGUCAACUUUUUCUUAUACGCCGAUGAUGGUGAGGACGACGAAGAAGAAGGACGUGCACCCAGGACGAGUACGCUUCUUGUUGGCGAAGUAGACGUUAUGAUUGCAAGCGAGGCAGACCGUGGGCAAGGCUACGGCGAAGGCGCAGUUCGUGGGCUGUUACUUUACAUUGAACGCCAUCUGAAGGAAAUAUUGUGCGAGUACACAGGCACUGAUGCCGCAAAGGACACACCACCGGCCCAACUAGACUCACUCAUGGUCAAAAUCAAAGAGUCUAACGCCGGCAGCAGAGCCUUGUUUGAAAAACUGGGCUUCAAGCAAAAAGGCAGCGUGAACUACUUUGGCGAGGUAACCAUGACAAUGAGCUGGGAUGCCGGCGUGAGUCAACGGGACGCAGCCUGGAAAGCAGCAGAUGCAGACUACGCACAACUCGAGUACAGCUACAAUAACCAAUAA